AUAGUUGUUUUUAUCGCAGUCGAUGCAGAGCUCGCACGUGGACGGACGUGUCGCAGCUCCGAUUGCGCGUGUGUUGUGACUAACGUGAUGCUCUAGUGUAAUCGCGCUCAUUAUACUAUAGUGUGUUUAUUAUAGUAUUGUCCGAGUGUCGUCUCGCUUAAAUAUGCUGAUGGUACAGAGUAACGCGCAACCCAUGAAAACAACAAAAAUAAAGGGACCGCCACCUGUACCGCCGCGGCCCAGUCAAAGUAUGGUCGCUGAAGCUCUAGCGAAGACGAGAAAAGCCGUUGCCGAUUCUAAAACUAGUGUAACCAAAUCGCGAACAUUUACUAAGCAUGAGAACCACCAGGUUUCGUCGAAAGCCAAAACUUUAGACAGAUACAGCUCGUCAGGUAAACCUUCAGUAUCGCCACGGCAGUCUGGUCUUGCACGUGUUAAAUCUUUUAUCAAAGACGUCAUAAGCGAUAGAGGCUCUUCUUCUGACGAGAGAAAGUCAAGUGGGCAAAAUUCUAGGAGGAGCUCAAGUGAUAGUAGCUCUGUUAAUUCGCCCUCUUCUACUAAGAAGUCGAACGAAUCACUUAACUCUAGAGCUGUUAAAACUUGUAAACAAAUAUUAGUGCGAUCACUUUCAACUUCAAAUAAACUAGACCAGGAUGCUAAGUGCAGAGUUUCCAAAUCUUCUAGUUUCGCGGAAAAAACGUUUCCUCUACGUAAGGCCCCGCCCCCACCAUUAUCUCCUAAGCCUAAGAUAAAACCAAUGAGACCAUUACCUGUACAUAAUACAAAUGUUAAAGCAAAAAAAUCAAAAGUAGAACCGGAAAUUAGUCCGUAUUCGUUACCUGUUGAUGCCGAAGCUGCCCAAAGUCCGGUUCCGGAGGCGCCUUAUGCUACGGUAGACGAGGUGAGCCAAAACGAUAAUAGAAUACAAAACUGCCCAAAAGUCGAUAACCAAAACAACACUGAAAAUAGUAAUAACUCAGACAACCUCAUAGAAACAGAAAAUGUAAAUAACAAUUCCCUUGAAAGGAAGACGUCUCGAGUAACUGAGAUGCUCAUUUCCGAAAUCCUCGCGAGUAGAAAUAACAAUAACGAACCGAAUACGGUUAUAGAUAAGGGCAAGGAUUCCAUGGAUUCACUUACAGACAGUUCGCCCGAUGUGGAAAUAAUGAAGGAUAUGAAUAACCACGAAAUGUUGAUUUACGAAUUGCAAACUAUGCGGUCCCAAUCAAACGUACCUGAGUUUUUGGUUAAUGAUAUUGACAGAAAUGGAAAUUGCGACUCUGAUUCCGAGCAAAAUUACGCCAUGGCUUCUGUUACAAGUGAAAAUACUGAUGAUGGCAAUGAACAAGCUUACGCCUAUAUUGUUGACGACGAUCUUAAGUCUAGACUACGAAAGCAGUUUCGAGCCAUAAGUAACAUGUCCCUACAAGGAUUGCCACCUCUACCCAAGAGUUUGAGUGGGUUUGCUGAAGGUGAACCGACUCCUGAAUCGCCUACAAAUGAUGAACACCCUCCAUCCGAUCUCGACGGUCAACUUACUUAUUUAAAGAAGGAAAUGGCUAGCCUUCGUCAGUUGGAUCUCUCAUUGCUCUCGGAGCUUUGGACGCUCAGCGAGGCCAUGGCAUCUUGGCGCCGACAGUUGGAGCGAGGCACGCGACUUAGACCCGCGCCGCCACCACCACCACCACCCCACUACCUUAGAACCUAAAUAAACAAUAUAUACCUGA